AUGGAUCGUGAAUCUGAUCUAUUCAAAGUGGAUCGCACGCCUCCUCGCGAACAGGAGCAGCCUCAUCCUAAUCUUCAAAGCUUUGCUCAGCAGCGACCAGCAAUCAAUGCGCAUCCAAUACCGCAACUACAUAUGGCACCUCCUUUUCGGCCGCUUUUACCUUCCGGCUGGACUGAACAUCGUGCUCCUAAUGGACAAUUUUAUUACUACAACGCUGCGACAGGCCAUAGUACUUGGGAAAGGCCAGCUACGCCGAUGCCUACAGUUAUGUCAUUACCAAUUCAACAGCAAAGUUUUCCACUUCAACAACAAAAGGAACCUCCUAAAGAGAAAACUAAAAAGGAUAAAGCAAAAUUAAAAAAACCAAUUCCAGAUACGAAGUGGUCCAUUGUCUUUACAACAGAGGGUAACGAGUUUUAUUUCAAUUCUGAGACAAAACAGUCUGUAUGGCAA